CCAAUCCCAUUGCUCAUCAGUCACCGCAUCCGCCAUCGCCAUGGCCGUUCCUUCAACAACCUUCGUUUUCAUCCUCCUCCUCUUCACCUUCUUCCCUCCGACCCACCAAACUGUUUCACUCUCUCUCUCCCCAACCUCCCUCUCCAAAUCGGGCGACUCCGUCCUAAUCCAAUGGUCCGGCAUCGACUCGCCCUCUCGACUCGACUGGCUCGGCAUCUACUCGCCCCCUUCCUCCCACCACGACAACUUUAUAGGAUACAAGUUCCUCUCCUCCGCCCCCACAUGGAAAUCUGGGUCGGGCUCCAUUUCCCUCCCUCUGGUCAAUCUCCGAUUCAACUAUUCCUUCCGGAUUUUCCGCUGGAACGAGUCCGAGAUCGACCCCAACCACCUCGACCAGGACCACAACCCUCUCCCCGGCACCGCCCACCUGCUCGCCACCUCAGAUGACGAGGUUAGCUUCGAAUCGGGUCGUGUUCCGGAUCAGAUCCACCUCGCUUACACGGACGGAGAUGACGAGAUGCGGGUCAUGUUCGUGACGCCAGACGGCGGGGAGAGAAAGGUUCGAUACGGUCAGAGGGAGGACUCGCUCGAUGACGGGGCGGUGGCACGUGUGGGGAGGUAUGAAAGGGAGCACAUGUGCGAUGCACCCGCCAACAACAGUAUCGGGUGGAGAGAUCCCGGGUUUAUCCACGAUGCGGUCAUGACCCGACUGGGAAAAGGCGUCAGAUAUUAUUACAAGGUCGGAAGUGAUUCUGAAGGAUGGAGCAAAACGCACAGCUUUGUCUCACGAAACGAGGACUCGGAUGAAACUACGGCCUUUAUGUUUGGUGACAUGGGGACUGCAACACCUUAUGCAACGUUUCUUCGGACACAAGACGAGAGCAUAGCCACUGUGAAAUGGAUCCUCCGGGAUGUUGAGGCUCUUGGUGAAAAGCCGGCUUUUGUUUCCCACAUCGGAGACAUAAGCUACGCGAGAGGGUACUCGUGGUUGUGGGAUCAAUUCUUUAGCCAAAUUGAACCCCUUGCAUCCAAACUUCCAUACCAUGUUUGUAUUGGAAAUCACGAGUAUGAUUGGCCGUUGCAGCCAUGGAAACCGGAGUGGGCAACAAUGUAUGGGACAGAUGGUGGGGGAGAAUGUGGGGUGCCCUAUAGUCUUAAGUUCAACAUGCCUGGAAACUCAUCUGAACCGACUGGAACAAGUGCCCCAGCUACACGAAAUCUUUACUAUUCGUUUGAUGUUGGGUCAGUACAUUUUGUGUACAUUUCAACUGAGACCAAUUUUGUUGAAGGAAGCAAGCAAUUGGAAUUUAUAAAGCGGGAUUUGGAGGCAGUGGAUAGGAGGAAGACGCCAUUUGUGGUGGUGCAAGGACAUAGGCCGAUGUACACAACAAGCUACGAGAGAGGUGAUGCUCCUUUGAGGGUGAAAAUGCUGGAGCAUUUGGAGCCUCUGUUUGUGAAGAACAAUGUAAAUCUUGCACUAUGGGGACAUGUACACAGAUACGAGAGGUUUUGUCAGUUGGUAAACUAUACUUGUGGGAGUGUUGGACCUAUUCAUGUUGUGAUUGGGAUGGGAGGGCAAGACUGGCAACCGAUCUGGGAGCCUAGACCAGAUCAUCCAACUGACCCAGUGUACCCACAGCCAGAGCGGUCUUUAUACCGCGGUGGUGAAUUUGGGUACACUAGGUUGGUUGCCACAAGGAAGAAGCUUACACUUACUUAUGUUGGAAACCAUGAUGGGAAGGUGCACGACACAGUGGAGAUUCUGGCUUCAGGCCAAGUUCUCGGCGAUAGUGGAGCUGGUAGAGGCGGUAUCAAGUCUGUUAAUAUCGGUAGCAGUGGUGAUGCUGGGGUUAUUAGGAGCAGUGGAGAGUCUACAUUCUCUUGGUUUGUGAAGGGAGCAAGUGUGUUGGUGCUUGGGGUUUUUAUAGGAUACGUUGUGGGUUACAUUUCAUAUUCCAGGAAAAAGGCCGUUCCAGGAAGUAACUGGAUUCCUGUGAAGAGUGAGGAAACCUGAGCUCCUACAACUGCAGAUUGCUGUGUUUGUAAAUAUUCAAACUUUCUGCACACAUUUGGUGUCGGUAGUGACUUUCACUCCCGUUUUCUCUUCCCGCCAUCAUCCCCUUAUUUCUGCCCCGUCCUUGGAUCUUAUUUGAUUUGUUCGAUCCAAAAACUGCGAAAAAAAAGGAGUGGAGGAGAAGAAAAUAGGAAUGCAAAACUAUAUGGUGUAAUCUAGAGCUGUAUGGUUUUUGAAUCUGAACAUAAAGGCUCGUUUUAUUGCAUGUAUAUCCCAAAUAGGGGGAACCAGUUAUAUACAAUCAAAAGUAAUGUGCAAAUUUUCUGUA